AUGGCGGCCAGCGACAUCUCCCUCCUGGACGCCGAGAGCGCCCCCCUGAGAGUGAACGUGGAGGAGCUGAGGCCCACCCCCCAGGGCGACCUGGAGAUCAUCCUGCAGAAAUGGGAAAACCAAAAGUGUGUUGAGAAGACCAUCCUGGCUCAGAAGACCGAGGACCCUGCUGUAUUCAAGGUCGACGAUCACGGGGAAAGAAAGAUUUCCGUGCUGGACACAGACUACACCACCUACAUGAUCUUCUGCAUGGAGGCCCCCACGCCCACCGAUGAGCACGGCGCGAUGUGCCAGUGCCUGUCCAGGACCCUGCAAGUGGACAACGAGGUCUUGGAGAAAUUCGAAAGAGUCCUGGAGUCUCUGCCCGAGCACAUGCGGAUCAACCUGGACCUGAGCCAGAGGAAGGGUGAACUUAGCCCUGCCCAGGGGCCCGGGAGCCUUGGCCCCUCUGGGGACAGAUGACGUCACCCCCACCUCCCCCACCAGCAGGGUCAGGAGGCACCAGGACCAAGGUCACCCCUCUUGGGACCCAGACCCCUC